UUGCAGCGUCUCCAGUCAGACUUCACCAUUGGAAGGAGGCGGCUGUGUGAACAGUGGUCUCCGAUCAGGGCCCCAGAUUGCCUUACCGUCUGGGAGCGUAGAAACAUCAGUUCCUGGAACUUGCCAGAAGAUGGAUUGCCGUCCAGUCAGGGUCGUUCUCUUCCUCCCUUUGUGACGGGGGUGGCUACAGAAUCGAUCAGUGCAGACGUAAGCGAGGGAAGAUCCUAUAAUGGGCUGCAGCUCUUGAGGUAAAACCCAUUCUCAGUCUUUAUUACAGUUUAGCCAGCCGUAAGAGGCAGGGGUAGGGUUGGAGCGAGCAGAACAGUGACGAUAUUCGGACCACUCUCUCGCCGUUAAACAUGGACGCCUUUCAGAACGGGAGCAUGUUCGAUCAGGACUUUUACAACAGCACGAACUUUAGCACCAUGGACCCCGCAGUGGUGGCGGCGGCGGCGACAGUCCCGCUGGAUGUGGGCCCGCAGAUUUCACGGAUCACGACGGGGCUGCAUGCUGCCUCCCUCGGACUGGUGCUAGCUUGUGCUCCCAUCGCCAGUGCCAUCGUCCUCGUCAUCCUCUUCCGCAAGCCUCAGCUUCUCACCAUCAGUAACAGGUUUGUGUGCAACCUCCUAGUCGUGGACUUGUUCCAGUCGCUUCUAGUGGUCCCGUUCGCCCUGGUCAGUACCAUAGCUCAGGACUGGGUCUUUGCCGACGCCUUCUGCAAAGUCACGGCCAUCCUGUUGCACCUGUUCCUGCACGUCGCCGUCAUCACCGUGGUGAUCAUCUCGGUGGACCGGUACCUGGCCAUUCUGCACCCGCUGUCGUACAACGACCGCAUGACCCCGAACACGUCCAUGUACCUGAUCGGGUUCGCCUGGGUGCUGGGAGCCGUGCAGAGCACACCGCCGCUGUACAAGGUGGGCAGCUUCGGCUUCGACCCGGACCAGCUGACCUGCACCGUCCUGUGGACCAACACGUACAGCUUCCCUUACGCCAUCUACAAUUCACUAGCUGCCUUCUGGUGCCCGCUGGUCAUCAUGGGCCUGGGGUACUGGCAGGUGUUCCUGGCCGCCAGGAAGCAGCACAAGCUCAUCUACCCCUCCGUGAAGAGACGGACUCUGCACAAGGGGAUUGUGGAGGCCGCGGUGUCGUGUGCCGUGCUCCCCGGGCCCGCUCACAACCCGUCCCUGGCGGCGGCUCGAUCGCGGUCCCUGGACGACCUGCGCCGCCCCCGCAGAACCUUCCGCAUGGCGUCCCGGCGCAUCAAGAGGAUGCAGAAAGACUGUAAGGCGGCAAAGAUCGUCUUCAUCGUCAUGGCCACGCAUCUGCUGAGCAUAGGGCCGCACACGGCCCUGGUGCUGGUCAAGGCCAGCAUUCCGGAGACACCCGUCCCGGCCUACGCUGGGGCGCUGGUCAUCUGCCUGUACUUCCUACAGACCUGCCUGCACCCCUGUGUGUACGCCUACGUGCACCGCUCCAUCAGGAGGGAGGUGGCCCUGCUGCUGUGCCGCACCCACUCCGCACAGGUGGUGCCGUGGGACGAUCAGAUGAACGUCAACGGCCAGACGUCCAACAACGCCGGCGGACACGUGCGGCGCUGCCUGAGCCUGACGGAGAACAUGACCUACACGGCCCCGGCCACCCUGCCGGGGGACACGUUCGUCAGGCACUCGGGACCGCUGCCCACCCUCACCGAGACAACCACGGACGUGGACCUGGGACACGCCGUCAGGAAGGUGAUCGUGGUGUCUUCAACCGCGUCCCUGUGAAUAGAGAACUUAAAAGGCAGACUUGAUGUCCUUUCGUAGCCUCUUACUGAGGGUGUGGUACUACCAGAAGGGCGAUGGACACCCAGACAAAACUCUGUUAGGGCACAUUGCAGACUGAACCAAGAAAUAGGAGAUUUUGUAUCUCCAUGAAAUAUGUAGAGUUUUGGUGGAUUUUGUUAAUGCUGAACACACGUACACAACCAAAAACAGUAUUUCAGGGGUGAAACUCCUUCCCGGUAGUAAUUAUAUAAGAAAGAGAGGACUCUGUCCGAGAAAGAGCUCAGAGAAAUGUUUGCUCAGUAAAGAAUGAUAACUUAUUUUCUGUCCGAAAUGUAACAUAAGAGAUGAUAGUUGAUCCAGAUCGCUUAAGGAUCGAGAAAGUGUCUUCAUGAGGGUUCAUAUCUUAACAUUUUGCCCUCAAUGUUUCACUUCUUGAUUUCAAAAAGUUGCAAUGUACAUUUGAUAUCUAAAUUCAGUACGUGCCAAAUGACGUUGUUGUAGGUGGCCUUAAUGUAUAUGAAUCAGGAACUAUAUCGGUACAGCACUAGACAGAUGGUGAAGGUUUUUUUGCCGUCUACACAACACAGACGCAGAUACUCCUGCAUCGUAAUUGCAGGGCCAUGGAAAAUGUUCUGUUUCCGGUUUGUUGACCAACACUGAAAAGCGACAUACAGGCUUUGGUCCAUCACCUGAGCAAUGGAAUAGUUUCGAAACAGAGUAGUUUUGCAAUUUCUCCUACAGAUUUCCUGUAUUCCACCGUCUGAAAACUGAACAAACAGUUGAUGUAAGAAUGUGUAUUACAUACAUUGUAUCUUUUGUUCAGUUUGGUAACAUACUUGCGUAACAACAAUGUUUAUCUGUAACAUAACAAUAUGACGUUUAAAAUACUAUUGGAAUCAAAAUGUACCGUACGUAAUCGGAAACACUGCAUUGAUUUCCUAGGCCUGUUUUAAAUGAACGUGAACCCUACUCGGAUCGUUGACGGCAGUCUAUCGAUUCAUACACUACAAGUGGGCUGUGAAUACACAGGGAAUAUCCAACUGCCCCACUGAGGAUUUCACCCGGAGUAAUAGAGCUUGCUGUCACGGUUGACGGUGUUUUUACUUCCAAAGGCGCGGUGGUUUAAGAGCACUGCGUCUAUAGCGGUAACAUAAGGGCCACACACCGGAAUGUAAAAUAUGAAAACAAUCUUACAAUGUCAAUGUGAGCUAUUUUCACCUUUUGUACAUGCAGUUUGUAUUGCCUUUUGUACAAACGAUUUGUUGCUGUAUCCAUAACACUCUAAAGUGUUGUACAUACAUUGAAUAUGUACCCAGACUUGACCUGUACAUAAUGUGCACACAGACAAGUACUCGUGACUUGACUAUUUCUAACUAACCGGAAGAAACCCCAUUUAUGGUAUACUUAAACACACAGGAUAUAGCUAUAAUCUGCUCCCUGCUGCAAUGUUUAUUUGAUUAGAAAAAAUACACAUUUAUUGAUCGAUUGAUUGAUUGAUCUCGAGACAAGUGGGUCGCCCCUUCAAACGAAUUCAACACGUAAAAGUAUUAAUUCAAAUUAUAUCUAUUGUUUCUUAUUUGAACACAAUGCUUCUAAAAUGAUUCUCUCUGGUUGAAAAUAUUAUCCAGAAAUGCAACAUUGCUGCUUGACAACUUCCAACACUGUGCCAUUUCGUCAUGAUGACGUCAUGAUGACGUUUGUUCUUAUAAGCCAUUGCGAAUCUUUAAAAUCUAAACCGAACAAUUUGUGAAAGUGGAAAUGAAUUAUAUACAAGAUUACUAAACAGGAAACAGGGUUUUGUAUUUACAGAGGAUUUGAGAUUUUGUACCGGACCGUUUGUAGAUAACUAGGAGCUGUUGAUGUUUCCAGAAACUGCAGUUUUUCUGUUCCUUAACGCGUCGUAUACGUAACAGCAUUCUUUACUGCUAUCUAACGGUUAUGAGUUCAUACUGUAGCUGCAUGGUGUUGUAUUGAUUUUAUAUUGAACUGUAUUGUUUUAGGAGCCUCCAGGGAAGUAUUGUAAAUUUUGCACCUUGUGAUCUUCUUUAUGACAUAUUUAUCACUACUUUGAAUAUUGUAAUCGCUUUCAUGAUAAUAUGAAAUGAGAGUAUAGCUGUAUCGUCAGUUUAUGUCUCGAGAUAUUGUUAUAUCAUAUAUUCUGUGAUGCAUCAUUUAUGAGUAAUAUAGAUAAUUUUGCUUGCUUGGAGACACU